GGGCCCCCACCCGGCGGGACUGGGUCCCCGGGCCCCCGCCUCCUCCCGCGGACACAGCGCCCUCAGCGGCCCCGGCGGCCCUCCCGCCUCGGGGCGGCGCCGCUCAGGCCGCAGCCCAGGCCGCCGCCCGGAGCAGAUAUGGACUUUGAGCAUGUGGCCAUUGCCUUCUCUCAGAAGGAAUGGCAGCUCCUGGAUGAGGCUCAGAGACUUCUGUACUGCGACGUGAUGCUGGAAGUGUUUGCACUGGUCUCAUCUGUAGGUUGUGGUCAUAAAACAGAUGAUGCGGAGACAUGUUCUGAGCAGAGUGUUUCUGUACAAGGGGAGUCACAGGUCAGUGCUUCUAAGACAGCUCCAGCAACCCAGAGGACCCAUCCCUGCCGGAGGUGUUUCUCGGUUUUAAAAGAUAUUCUGCACCUGAGUGAGUUACAUGCGGUAGACUUUCAGCAGAAAGCCUUCUUCAGUGAUGCAUGUGUGAGGGACUUCUGUUUCAGUGCAAACCCUCACCAGCCACAGAGGGAAGCCAUUGGAGAGAAGCCCUGGAAAGGAGCUGUGGACGGGGCCUCGUUUGUGACCAGGUUCAGUUUCUACUUAUCAGGGCUGCCUUCAACCAGUAAGGAACUUGGGGAAGACUUCCCAGCCAUCUCAGACCUUCUCCAGCACCAGGCCCCUCUCAGCACCGAGGAGCCACACAGUGGCAGUGAGAGUCACCAGAAAUUUCUCAAUAGAAAAAGACAUCACCAAUGGGAUGGAUGUGAAAAAGCUGCCAGCCACAACCAGAACCUUGUUCAACGUCAGGGAGACUGCCCUGGAAUAAAAUCGUAUGAGUGUAGUGAAUGUGGGAAAGCAUUCAGGAAAAAAGCUCACCUCACCAAACACCGCAGAGUUCACACCGGAGAAAAGCCUUACAAAUGCAGUGAAUGUGGGAAAUCAUUUACCUCCAAUUAUUACCUCUUUAUCCACAAGAGAGUCCAUACUGGAGAAAAGCCUUACAAAUGCAGUGAAUGUGGAAAAUCAUUUAACCGCAGUUCUGUCCUCUUUUCCCACCAGAGAGUUCACACUGGAGAGAAGCCAUAUCAAUGUAGUGAUUGUGGGAUGUCCUUCAGUCAGUACUCUAACUUAAGCAGACAUCGCAAAAUUCACACUGAAGAAAAGCCUUACGAGUGCAGUGAAUGUGGGAAGUCCUUCCAUCGUAGGUCUUCCCUCACCAAACACAGCAAGGUUCACACUGGAGAAAAACCAUACAAGUGUAGUGAAUGUGGUAAAUAUUUUAAGGAAACUACACACCUUGUUAUGCACAAGAGAGUUCAUACCGGAGAAAAGCCGCAUCGAUGUACUGAUUGUGGGAAGUACUUUAGUCGAAGCGGUGGCCUCAUUCAGCACCUCAGAGUUCACACUGGAGAAAAGCCUUAUGAGUGUAGGGAAUGUGGGAAGUGCUUCAGUCAGAGCUAUAACCUCCUUACACACCACAGAGUUCACACUGGAGAAAAGCCAUAUGAGUGUAGUGAUUGUGGGAAGUGCUUCAGUCAAAGCUGUAACCUCAUUCACCACCUCAGAGUUCACACCAGUGAAAGACCGUAAGAUUGUAGUGAUUGUCGGAACUCAUUUGGGCAAAUCGUCACUCUCACAGAGCACCAGAGAGUUUCCGUUGGAAAAGAGCUUUAAAUGUGCUGGGAAUGUUACUUUCUCAUUCAGAAGAACACCACCAAAGACGAAGCUUUUACCCCCACUUACCUGAAUUCAAGCCCCUUUAUCAGAACAUACACUCUCCUAGAUGCCGCCUAAGUUUCAGGUAUAAGUGACACGUUGAGAAACAGCGUCGCACUUGUUAAUCUGCUCAGGACUACAACCUCCUUGUUGUCACUGCAAGUAUUUGUGUGGGAGCUCUUUCACCCCUACCACCUGGCUCACCUGAAGAGUGUGCCUCCGUCACAAUACCUGCAUACUUUAUGGUUGUGCUUGAGAAAAUUAUGAAUAUUCUAAGCUCCUUUAUUUCUGACCAGAGAAUUGAUCUGGCGCAGCUUUUGUAGAGAGCCUACUUUCUCCACCAAGAAGUGCUACCUCGCCAAAACCGGUUUGGCUCAGUGGAUAGAGCGUCAGCCUGCGGACUGAGAGGUCCCAGGUUUGAUUCCGGUCAAGAGCAUGUACUUUGGUUGC